GGAGCCCCCCAGCCACCGCUGCCCGCGGAACCCGAGCGCCUGCGGAGACCCGUGUACGAGAAGCCGCCCCUGGAGCCCGGGGCGCUGGGCGAGCUGGGCCAGGCGGUGCGGCUGCAGCUGAGCCAGGCAGAGAAGAGCCUCCAGGAAGCGAGUAUCCAGCAGCACCAGAUCAACAUCUACCUGAGCGACCGCAUCUCCCUGCACCGCCGCCUGCCCGAGCGCUGGCACCCGCUGUGCAAGGAGAAAAAAUAUGAUUAUAAUAACCUGCCAAAAACUUCGGUUGUAAUAGCUUUUUAUAAUGAGGCUUGGUCAACACUUCUGCGAACAGUUCAUAGUGUUCUUGAGACAUCCCCAGAUAUUCUGCUGGAAGAAGUUAUCCUUGUGGAUGAUUAUAGUGACAAAGAACAUUUAAAGAAACCCUUGGAAAGUUAUGUGGCUGGUUUACGCAAGGUACGUCUUAUUCGUGCAAAUAAAAGAGAAGGUCUGGUUCGAGCUCGGCUGCUGGGAGCUUCCCUGGCGAAAGGAGAUGUUUUGACAUUUCUUGAUUGCCACUGUGAGUGCCAUGAAGGAUGGCUUGAACCACUAUUGGAAAGAAUUGGUGAAGAGGAGUCGGCAGUUGUGUGCCCUGUGAUCGAUGUGAUUGAAUGGAAUACAUUUGAGUACUUGGGAAAUUCUGGGGAACCACAGAUUGGAGGCUUUGACUGGAGACUGGUCUUCACUUGGCAUGUUAUCCCAGAGAAAGAGCAAAAACGAAGAAGGUCCAGAACUGAUGUAAUCAGAUCUCCAACCAUGGCUGGUGGAUUGUUUGCUGUCAGCAAGAAAUAUUUUGACUAUCUUGGCUCUUAUGACACAGGAAUGGAAGUAUGGGGAGGAGAAAACCUUGAAUUCUCAUUUAGGAUCUGGCAGUGCGGAGGAAGUCUUGAGAUCCACCCCUGUUCUCAUGUAGGCCACGUUUUCCCAAAACAAGCUCCCUACUCGCGGGCCAAGGCCCUGGCUAACAGUGUGCGUGCUGCAGAAGUUUGGAUGGACGAAUACAAAGAGCUUUAUUACCACCGAAAUCCACAUGCACGUUUGGAGCCUUAUGGAGAUGUGACAGAAAGAAGGCUGCUUCGAGAGAAGCUUAAAUGUAAAGAUUUCAAGUGGUUCUUGGAGAAUAUUUACCCUGAACUUCAUGUACCUGAAGACAGAGCUGGCUUCUAUGGAAUGCUGAAAAAUAGAGGAAUGGAAAAUCACUGCUUUGAUUACAACCCUCCAAAUGAGCAUGAAGUAACAGGGCACAGAAUCAUAUUAUAUCCAUGUCAUGGCAUGGGACAAAAUCAGUUUUUCGAAUAUACAUCCCAUAAUGAAAUACGUUACAAUACUCGGCAGCCUGAAGCCUGUGCAGCAGUUGAUUCUGGGACUGACUAUUUGACAAUGUACUUGUGUCAAGACAAUAUUCAAAAUAUUCCUGAAAAUCAAAAAUUUGUUUUCAGAGAGGAUGGUACUUUGUUCCAUGUACAAACCCAGAAGUGUCUGCAAGCUGAAUCUAACUCUUACAAUGGCAAUCCAGCACCGUUAUUGCGACCAUGUAGCAAUUCAGAAUACCAAAAAUGGUUCUUCAAAGAAAGAAGUUGAUCCAGACGUUAUCAACUGUGUGGGUGAAUAUGAAAAUGUUAACUUUGUAGUCAGCAGCUAGGAAACCUUUUGAAAAAUUUCAUAGCCGAUCUAUUUUUGUAUGAAAAGAGUUGUGACUUGUUUACAAGUUUGUAAACCUUGUUUUCGGGAAUACUAAAAGGCAUUAAGUUGUUGAACAGGCACUGUGAAUAUACUGUGCUGCAGAAAUCUCUUCCACUGUUCUCUUUAUUUGGCAGCUAUACUGUUUCUAAAAUGUCUUAUGGUUUUUCACACAUGACUUAUAUUUUUAACCUACUGUGUGCAAGUAAGGAAGUGAAAGUAAUUGCACUAAUGCUAUCUGGCAUUAACUUUAAAAUGUUUAUUUUUCUAAAACGUUCUACAGUUGUGCCUUUUUAAAAUAUAUUAGCUAACGGUUCUUUUUUUAAAUUCCAAAAAUGCAAACUUAGGUUAAAAUCUGCCCUGAGAUGUGAAAGUCAAGCAGAGCUCUCAUUGAAGUCAAUGUGGAAUUUGCAUGUCUACAGCUCAAGACAGACUAAGUCCUAAUAAUAUUGCACAAAUGAUACUCCAGAUUGCACGUAUUUGACUGAGUGUCAUAACAUUUUAAAUGUUCGUGGUACUUGACAGAUUCUUAAUAAAGCUGCUUCAGGUUAUCUUCACAGUAAAAUUAGUGAUUAUUUACUGAUCUUUCAUUAAUCUAAGAAAUAAAGCACCAAUAUUAAAAAUGACUAGUGGAAAAAUUAAAUUGAUUUGGAGCCCCAUCUUAAAAGUGUGUACUACGUACUUUAAAUUAAAGUUCUGCAUGCUCAAAUCAUGCAACAUCAGAUUCAUAGUAAUAAUUACAGACCCUGAAACUUUAAUUCAAAGGUCACUUUUUAAGCAAAUGAAUGUCUAAAUAAAAAUGGAUAUCUUUCCAUUUCAUUGAUACUGUUAAUAUGUUCCUUUUCUUAAAAAAAUGUAAACAAAAAUUGUUUUGUAAUUUAAGUAAUAAGUUUUGUAAUUUGAUGCUAAUCUAAAUAUUUGUCUUCAUGAUUAUCAUUGUUUUCUAAGAAUAUCCAUUACGAAUAACAAGCUGUUUAGUUCAUCAUGUACAUUCCGGCUGAAGGUCUGGAUAUUCUAUUAGCAUCUAUAUGAGAUGUUGUCUGCUUAGAGCAUAGGAAUUGCCAUACUAAACCAGACAAGUGACCAUAAUCCAGUCAUUUGUCUUUGACAGUGGUCAGCAAUAGAUGCUUCAGCCUACAAGGCACAUGUUUUCCUUAUCUGUCAGGUCCACCUAUGUACUAAAGCAUGAGGGUUUAUAUUUCUUCCAUACUACUUAAAUUUCUUCUUUUGUCCUAAGUUUUGUAAAUAUAAUUGUUGUCCAUAUAAACAUCCAUACCUUUUCUGAAUCCUGGUGAACUCAUGUCAUCUUUACAUACUUGUUUUAUGAUUGUUGAGGACUCUGCCUUUAGGGGAUAUGCAUGUAGGUUCUCCAAAAAUUGUUGCCAAACUUAUGUUUUAUAAGCACCUUUACAGUUCUGCCUCUGGGGUUUUGGUAGAUGAAACUGAUAUUAGAUCUAAUAAAAUAAUUUGUGAAUUAA